AUGGCGUCUGGCAGAAUUUUCAAUUUCUCAGCUGGUCCUUCUAUGCUCCCAGUAGAAAUCCUAGAGCAAGCUCAAGCCGAUAUUAUAAACUGGGAUGGGACUGGAAUGAGUGUCAUGGAAAUGUCUCACAGAUCAAAACCUUUUGAAUCCAUCCACAAGAAAUGCAUUCAAGAUCUUAGAGACCUUCUCAACAUCCCUCCAAACUUCAAGGUCCUCUUAAUGCAAGGAGGCGGAUCAACCCAAUUUGCUUGCGUCCCACUAAACCUUCUCAAAGAUAAAGAGACUGCAAACUACCUCACUACUGGAGCUUGGUCCACAAAGGCCAUUGAAGAAGCAAGAAAAUAUUGCAGAGCUCACGAAGUCGCAACUUCCAAGUCUACCAAUUUCACAACCAUCCCAGACCCCAUAGCUUGAGCAUCCUUAUGGAUCGCUUAAGCCCCUAGCUCUAUUUGCCAAAUGAGAGCUUGCUUAUUUAACUUCAGCUAAUAAGCUGCCUCUUAUUUUGGAAAUUCUUUAAGAUUCGUAGAUUACCAAAUUUAGUGUUGACUUGUUAACUGGAGUUGAAUAAGGAAGGUCUUAAUUGGCAAAUAGAGUUGGAGGCUUAAGCGAUCUAUAAGGAUGCUCAAGCUAUAGCACUUGGAACGUAGAUCCAAACGGAGCUUACUUCCAUUACUGUGCAAAUGAGACAAUUCACGGUGUCGAGUUUACUUUGACUCAAGAAAUGCUGGACAGAAUUGGCGAGGUUCCAAUUGUAGCUGAUAUGUCUUCAAACUUUUUAAGCAAGCCAAUUGACUUUUCUAAGCACGCUGUAGUAUAUGCAGGCGCCCAAAAGAAUGCUGGCCCUGCAGGCGUCACUUUUGUGAUUGCUCGUGAAGACAUGCUAGGACAUGCCAAGAAUAUCACCCCAACUAUGUUGGACUGGAAAAUCCAAGCUGAUAAUGAUUCCAUGUACAAUACCCCACCUUGCUAUGCAAUUUAUAUCUGCGGACUUUACUUUGAUUACAUGAAGAGACAUGGAGGAAUUGAAGCUGUGCAAGAACUUGAUAGACAAAAAGCAGCAAUUCUUUAUGAUUUGUUUGAUAGCUCCAAUGGAUUCUAUACAAAUCCAGUCAACCCUCAAUAUAGAUCAAAGAUGAACGUACCUUUCUUAAUCAAAGGAGGAAAUGUGGAUUUGGAAAAGAAGUUUUUGGCAGAAGCUGAAGCUGUUGGGUUGUCAACAUUGGCUGGUCAUCGCUCAGUAGGAGGGUUAAGAGCUUCAAUAUAUAAUGGAAUGCCAUUAGAAGGUGUCAGAAGACUUGCAGACUUCAUGACUGAAUUUAAAACUAAGCACGAGGCAGAAUAA